AAAUAUGGUUUAUACACGACAUAAUAGUGAGAAACACAAUACAGUUAUAUAAUAAUAAUAAUAAUAAUACAGUAAUUUAUUUAUAUAAAAAAAAUUUAAACAACAACAACAAAAAAUGCCUAAAACAUCACUAAUUAUUAUUGUCAUUAUAACCAUAGUAUACAUGUUUUUCGUAACGGGUAUCGAUAGUCGGACCAAGUUUCCCGAUUCAACUACUAAGGCAGUACUAGACGAUUGUCUACAAUAUACAAACACCGUACGGGCCAAACAUGGCUCACCUAAAGUCAAAUAUACCGCUGAUCUAAAUAAAUACGCUAAGGAAAGGUGUGCAUUCAUGUCUGAGGGAACGGGUUUGGCUAACAAACAUAAAAACUUAAGGGAAGACGUCGGCGAAAAUAUAUACCGAGCUGUGGGCGGCCAAAAAGUGCAGGCAUGUAAACACGCCAUCAAAAAUUGGUAUUCCGAGAUACAGUUCUACGAUUUCAAAAAAGCCGUAUUUGUACCGAAAGCCGGCCACUUUACCCAAUUGAUUUGGGCCGAAAGUACCGAAAUGGGCUGCUGUCGGUCAAUGUUGGCACCGGAUUCAAAAAAACCUAACCGUGUUGAACUAUAUAUUGUUUGUAUAUACAAAGUGGCCGGUAAUGUCAAGGGAGAGUAUGCUAAAAUGGUUAAGAAACCUAAAUAAUAAUAAUAAUAAUAUUAUAUAACCUAAUUAGGUAAG